AGGAGGCGGCGAUCCCGGCGGAGGGGGCCGUUCGCCAGCUCCGAGGCAGAAAGUGCCACGACUCCACACGCGCGCACGCAGCCAGCGAGCGGCCGGAGCGGACGACGGACGGGGCGGACGGCGUCGGGGUCGUGAAAUCUGCAGCUGCUCAGGGGCGGCUUCUCGGCGGAGGCUCGGCCGGCUCCUCUCUUUUGGUUCAGCGGCGGCGGCGGCAGCGGCGGCGGCGGCUCCUGCCCUCUUGCUCUCCCUCCCGCGUCUCCGGCUGCAGGUGGAAAGAAAGCCAACCAGGAUGGAUAUUUACGACACUCAGACCUUGGGGGUUGUGGUCUUUGGCGGGUUCAUGGUGGUUUCUGCCAUCGGCAUCUUCUUGGUGUCAACCUUCUCCAUGAAGGAGACGUCAUAUGAAGAAGCCCUUGCCAACCAGCGGAAGGAGAUGGCAAAAACUCACCACCAGAAAGUAGAGAAGAAAAAGAAGGAGAAACCUGUGGAGAAGAAAGGAAAGACCAAGAAAAAGGAAGAGAAACCCAAUGGGAAGAUACCUGACCAUGACCUGACCCCCAAUGUGACCAUCUUCCUCAAAGAACCAGUGCGCACACCUGCUGUGGCUGUGGCCCCAACCCCAGUCCAGUCUCCAGUGCUCCUUGCCCCUGUGGCUACGGUACCAGCCAUGCCUCAAGAGAAGCCAGCCUCCUCACCUAAGGACAAAAAGAAGAAGGAGAAAAAAGUGGCAAAGGUGGAGCCAGCAGUCAGUUCUGUAGUGAAUUCCAUUCAGGUUCUUGCCUCAAAGUCUGCCAUCUUAGAAGCCACUCCCAAGGAGGUGCCUAUGGUGGUCGUACCCCCAGUAGGUGCUAAGGCCAGUGCCCCCAUCACCAGCAUUGCUCAGGGCAAGAAGGCAGAAAUGGGGCAGAACCAGGGCAAAAAGGGGGAGGGGGCCCCAAACCAGGGCAAGAAGUCAGAGGGAACCCCAAACCAGAGCAGAAAGGUAGAGGGUGUCCAGAACCAGGGCAAAAAGGGGGAGGGGAUCCAGAACCAAGGUAAAAAGGGAGAGAGUACGCAGGGCAAGAAAGGAGAGGGAGCCCAGAACCAAGGCAAGAAGGCAGAGGGAACCUCAAACCAGGGCAAGAAAGGGGAAGGUGUCCAGAACCAGGGCAAGAAAGGGGAGGGUGUCCAAAACCAAGGCAAGAAAGUGGAUGGAGCCCAGAAUCAAGGCAAGAAGGUGGAGGGAACCUCAAACCAGGGAAAGAAGGGAGAUGCAGUCCAGAACCAGGGCAAGAAGGCAGAGGGAACCCCAAACCAGGGUAAGAAGGGAGAUGCAGUCCAGAACCAGGGCAAGAAGGGAGAGGCGGACCAGAACCAGGACAAGAAGGUAGAGGGAGCCCAGAACAAGGGCAAGAAGUCAGAGGGGGUCCAGAACCAGGGUAAGAAGGGAGAAGGAGCCCAGAACCAGAGCAAAAAAGUGGAAGGAUCUCCCAACCAGGGCAAAAAGGUUGAGGGGGCUCAGAACCAGGGCAAGAAAGGGGAGGGGGCCCAGACUCAGGGCAAGAAAGGGGAGGGGGCCCAGACCCAGGGCAAGAAAGGAGAGGGGGCCCAGAACCAGGACAAGAAAGGGGAGGGGGCCCAGAACCAGGGCAAGAAAGGGGAGGGGGCCCAGAACCAGGGCAAGAAAGGGGAGGGGGCCCAGAACCAGGGCAAGAAAGGGGAGGGGGCCCAGAACCAGGGCAAGAAAGUGGAGGGGGCCCAGAACCAGGGCAAGAAAGGGGAGGGGGCCCAGAACCAGGACAAGAAAGGAGGGGGCCAGAACCAGGACAAGAAAGGGGAGGGGGCCCAGAACCAGGGCAAGAAAGGGGAGGGGGGCCAGAACCAGGGCAAGAAAGGGGAGGGGGCCCAGAACCAGGGCAAGAAAGGGGAGGGGGCCCAGAACCAGGGCAAGAAAGGGGAGGGGGCCCAGAACCAGGGCAAGAAAGGGGAAGGGACCCAGAACCAGGGCAAGAAAGUAGAAGGGUCUUCCAACCAGGGCACAAAGGUAGAGGGGGCCCAGAACCAGGCCAAAAAAGUGGAAGGAACCCUAAGCCAGGGCAAGAAGGCAGAGGGGGCCCAGAACCAGGGCAAAAAGGGGGAGGGGACCCAGAACCAGGGCAAAAAAGGGGAGGGGUCCCAGAACCAGGGCAAAAAAGCAGAGGGGGCUCAGAACCAGGGCAAGAAGGCAGAGGGGGCCCAAAACCAGAGCAAAAAGGGGGAAGGAGCUCCUAACCAAGGCAAAAAGGGGGAAGGAGCUACUAACCAAGGCAAGAAGGCAGAAGGGAGCCCCAACCAGGGCAAAAAGACAGAUUCAGUUACUAAUCAGGGAACAAAAGCAGAGGGUGGUACAAACCAGGGGAAAAAAGCAGAUGGGUCCCCCAAUCAAGGCAAAAAGGCCGAGGGAACCCCAAACCAAGGCAAAAAGGAAGAAGGGUCCUCCAACCAGGGCAAAAAGGUAGAUGCAGCUGCCAAUCAGGGUAAAAAGACAGAGUCAGCUCCUGCCCAGGGUAAAAAUGCAGAUAUGGUCCAGAGCCAGGAGGCACCAAAGCAAGAGACUCCUGCAAAGAAGAAGUCUGGUUCAAAGAAAAAAGGCGAGCUUGGGCCCUUGGAUUCUGACAGCCCUGUCUACCUGCCCUACAAGACGCUAGUCUCCACGGUUGGAAGCAUGGUGUUCAAUGAGGGUGAAGCCCAGAGGCUCAUUGAGAUCCUGUCUGAGAAGGCUGGUGUCAUUCAAGACACAUGGCAUAAGGCCACUCAGAAGGGGGACCCUGUGGCAAUUCUGAAACGCCAGCUGGAAGAGAAAGAAAAGCUGCUAGCCACAGAGCAGGAGGAUGCAGCUGUUGCCAAGAGCAAAUUGAGGGAACUCAACAAGGAGAUGGCCUCAGAAAAGGCCAAGGCUGCAGCUGGGGAAGCCAAAGUGAAGAAGCAACUGGUAGCCCGGGAGCAGGAGAUCGCGGCUGUGCAGGCACGCAUGCAGGCCAGUUACCGGGAGCAUGUGAAGGAGGUGCAGCAACUGCAGGGCAAGAUCCGGACUCUUCAGGAGCAGCUGGAGAACGGCCCCAACACCCAGCUGGCCCGCUUGCAGCAAGAGAACUCCAUCCUAAGGGAUGCCUUGAACCAGGCCACAAGCCAGGUGGAGAGCAAGCAGAAUGCAGAGUUGGCAAAGCUCCGGCAGGAGCUCAGCAAGGUCAGCAAGGAGCUGGUAGAGAAGUCAGAGGCCUCACGGCAAGAGGAGCAACAGCGGAAGGCCCUUGAAGCCAAGGCAACUGCCUUUGAGAAGCAAGUCCUUCAACUACAGGCAUCUCACAAGGAGAGUGAGGAGGCUCUGCAGAAGCGCCUGGACGAGGUCAGCCGAGAGCUGUGUCGUGCACAGACCAGCCAUGCCAGCCUCCGGGCAGAUGCAGAGAAGGUCCAGGAGCAGCAGCAGCAGAUGGCAGAGCUACACAGCAAAUUACAGUCCUCUGAAGUGGAGGUGAAGAGCAAGUGUGAGGAACUGAGUGAUCUCCAUGGGCAACUCAAGGAGGCCAAGGCAGAGAACUCGCAGCUCACAGAGAGGAUCCGUUCCAUUGAGGCCCUGCUAGAGGCAGGCCAGGCCCGGGACACCCAGGCCAUCCGUACUGAGGCUGACCAGCAGCAGACCCGUGUCCAGGAACUAGAGUCCCAGAUAUCGCAUCUGGAGAAGGAGGCCACUGAGCUGAAGGAGGCUGUGGAGCAGCAGAAAGGAAAGAACAAUGACCUCCGAGAGAAGAACUGGAAGGCAAUGGAGGCACUGGCCUCUGCUGAGAGGGCCUGUGAGGAGAAGCUAUGCUCCCUGACUCAGGCAAAGGAGGAAUCAGAGAAGCAGCUCCACCUGACUGAGGCCCAGACCAAGGAGGCUCUGCUGGCUCUGCUCCCAGAACUCUCGGUUUUGGCACACGAGAAUUACGGUGAGUGGCUGCAGGAACUCAAAGAGAAAGGUUCCCAGCUGCUGAAGAAGCCACCAACUACCACAGAGCCCUCACCGGACCUGGCCUCCAAGUUGAGAGAGGCUGAAGAGACUCAGAGCACCCUGCAGGCUGAGUGUGACCAGUACCGCACCAUCCUGGCAGAGACGGAGGGGAUGCUCAAAGACCUGCAAAAGAGCGUUGAGGAGGAGGAGCAGGUUUGGAAGGCCAAAGUGGGUGCUGCAGAGGAGGAGCUCCAGAAGUCACGGGUCACAGUGAAACAUCUCGAAGACGUUGUAGAGAAACUAAAAGCAGAACUUGAAAGCUCAGAUCAGGUACGGGAGCAUACCUCAUUACUGGAAGCAGAGCUGGAGAAGCACAUGGCAGCCUCCAGUGCUGAGUGCCAGAACUAUGCCAAGGAGGUAGCGGGGCUGAGGCAACUUUUAUUAGAAUCUCAAUCUCAGCUGGAUGCAGCCAAGAGUGAAGCCCAGAAACAAAGUGAUGAGCUUGCCCUGGUCAGGCAGCAGUUGAGUGAGAUGAAGAGCCACGUAAAGGAUGGUGACGUGGCUGGGUCCCCAGCUGUUCCCACAGAAGUGCCCCCAGCCGAGCAGGACCCCAUGAAGCUGAAAACGCAGCUAGAGCGGACAGAAGCCAUCCUGGAGGAUGAGCAGACACAACGGCAGAAGCUUACAGCUGAGUUUGAGGAGGCUCAGGCCACAGCGUGUCGGUUACAAGAGGAGUUGGAGAAGCUCCGUACUGCUGGCCCACUGCAGUCUUCAGGAGAAGAGGCCACACAGCUGAAGGACAGACUAGAAAAAGAGAAGAAGUUAACUGGUGACCUGGGGCGUGCCGCCACCAAACUUCAGGAGCUUUUGAAGACCACCCAGGAGCAGCUGGCAAAGGAGAAGAACACAGUGAAGAAGCUGCAAGAACAGCUAGAAAAGACGGAGGAUGGAGGCAGCUCAAAGGAGGGCACUUCUGUCUGAUUCUCUUUGGAAACUGUCCAGCUUACCAAAAUGCCUUACACAUUCCUUACAAAUAAAUAAAUAAACCAUCCAACACAGCGUUAUCCAGGCCCACCUUCCAGUAGCUCCGAGAGAAGCCAUUAGAGACAAGAGUCUCUUGGAACCACAGAAAUAAAUCUUCCAGACCCCUAGUCUGUAAAAGAACCUUUGUCACACUUGAUAAACACUACUCCCAGGAGCAGCCCUGGACCACCCUAAGCAGACGCCAAAGCCCUCGUCAACUGCCAGACCAGGGUGUGCUGGGAGGCCGGGACACUCGGGAAUCUGUGUCAAUCAGUGCAAUUACUGUGUAUUUCACAGUGGGGCGGGAGUCAGGAAGUGGCCGGACUGGGUGGUGAGUUCUGAGGCUGCAGAGCAGACUGGUGGAGGGUCACGCACGAUCCAGCCCAGUGAGGCAGCAGCCCCUCACCCCUGGAGGUUGCCAAGCAGAACUGAUGUGUAACCUCCUGGAUGUUUAUGCCAUUAAAACCAACGUGUUGCCCGGCGCUCCAUCUUGUCUGCUCUUC